UGCAGUCUUAUGACCAGGAGUAAGUGUAUGAACAGUUGGUGGAAGCAGGUAGAGGUCAAGGGGACCCCGACGAGAGCCAGUCAGGUACGAGCGUACAACGGAUAUAUACGAAUGAAAUGUGAACAGGCAUCGAUUGAGAAAGGAAAUUCAUUCACGGACAACAUUAUUUAAAUAAAAUAUUUGAAAAUGGCAGCAAGAUAUUUUUUAAGAAGCUUGAACUUAUUAAGAAGUGGGAGAAAUUAUUUUUAUUAUGAUAAAAUUCAAACAAACUUUAUUAAUUUACAAUUCAUAAGAUUAAAGCAAUGGAGACAACCAAAAUCAUGGAGUUUUAAUAACAAAUUCAAACAAAAUUUAAUAAUAGCAAGUUCAGGACUCUGGGGAUUGUUUAAGUUUGGAGAUGACGAAGAAAAUGAUGCUGAAUCUGAACUAAUAAUGUUAAUAAAACGAUCAGUCUUAUUAAUUCAGAAAGACGAAUUUAAAAAAGCUGAACAAAUGUUACAUGUUGCACUUCGUCAAGCACAAAUGCUCCAAAAUGAGCAAGGAAUUACCUAUAUUUAUUAUGUCAUGGCUGAUUUAGCUUUCCAAGUCGGAGAAAUUGAGAAGGCACAAAAUCUUUAUAAAUCAGUCAUGCAAAGAUUACUAUCUAGUGGCACACCUCAAGAUGAUAUAAAGAUUGUCCACAUCAGUCUAAAAAUAGCCAGACUGUAUGAACAAGAUGGAAAUCCAAGCAUGGCAGAAAAUGGUUAUCAGUUUUGUAUUCAAACUAUGAAUACUCACCUGAAAGACAAUCCUGAUGAUGAAGAAACUUUGAUUCUAUGGGCAACAUUGAAGGAUUGGUAUGCAAAAAUGCUUACAACUCAAUCACGAUAUCCCGAAGCACUCGAUAACUUUCUGGAAGCUUAUAAAGUUUGCUCUCAAGUGAAUGGAAAAGAUCAUGAAUGGUCGCUACUACUGAUGAAUGAUCUUGGAAUGGUUCUAAGUGUUUUAGGACAACAUGAUGAUGCUUUGAAAUAUUUAGAAGAAGCUGUCGAGAUAGGAAAAAGUGUCAAAGAUUUAGAUCUCACUGAAAUGUAUAUAAACUUAGGAUUUGUUUAUCUCUCAAAAUCUUUAUACAAAGAAGCGCAUAAAGCAUGUAUGGAAGGUUUAAAAUAUGCUAAAGAGAACGGGAAAGAUGAUUGUUUGGAGGAAGCUAAUCAAUGUUUAUCAGCAGUAAAAGGAUUAUUUUAGAAUAAAUAAUUGUAUUAUUUUUUAAUUACAAGAUGUUAUAAAUUAUCCGCAACUGUAUAUAGAAUAAUAAAUUAUAUUAUAAACUGUUAUAA